ACCGGAUGAAAACGAUCUAACAAACAUUUAUUUUCCCUCUGAUACUAUAACUAGUAUAAUGACAAUGAAUAAAUGAAACUCCUGAAUUUAGUAUAAAAGGAUAUGUAUUUGUGAACAUUUGUAUGAAGGAGAAUAACUAUUCAUUAUGAAGCUCUACUUCAUUUUCUUUCUGUUGGUGAUAUACUGUGGAUUUUACAGCGAAGCAAAACCUGGCCGAGUCAAGUGCAGCGCACAAUGUUGGGAAACGGGAAUAAAGUGUAAGAAUGACUGUAGAAACAAUGCGUGUAAAAGAAAUUGCCAAGAUGGAGUUAGAGAUUGUAUACGUGACGUAUGCAAAGUAAGCGAGCACGUGGAUACCUAUGAUGAACAUAAAUUGCAUGACUAAAUGUGUUGUACUGAGAAAGUGAUAAAACAAGUAGUUCAUGUAUAAGACGCAGUUGUGUUAUCUCAAUAAAACAUACAUACAAUGACUUUUU